AUGGAGCACAUACCGGGGGCCUGGAAAACGAUCAGCAAUGGUUUUGGAUUCAAAGACGCGGUGUUUGAUGACCCCAGCUGUAUCUCCCCUAAAGUAGUUCAGCAGUUUGGCUAUCAGCGUCGGGCGUCAGAUGAUGGCAGACUUACGGACUCUUCUAAGACAAGCAACACUAUCCGUGUUUUCUUGCCAAAUAAGCAAAGAACGGUGGUCAAUGUGCGAAAUGGAAUGAGCUUGCAUGACUGCCUUAUGAAAGCACUCAAGGUGAGGGGCCUGCAACCGGAGUGCUGUGCAGUGUUCAGACUUCACGAACACAAAGGUAAAAAAGCACGUUUAGAUUGGAAUACUGAUGCUGCCUCAUUGAUUGGAGAAGAACUUCAAGUAGAUUUCCUGGAUCAUGUUCCUCUCACAACACACAGCUUUGCUCGGAAGACCUUUCUGAAGCUUGCCUUUUGUGACAUCUGUCAGAAGUUCUUGCUAAAUGGAUUUCGAUGUCAGACUUGUGGCUACAAAUUUCAUGAGCACUGUAGCACCAAAGUACCUACUAUGUGUGUGGACUGGAGUAAUAUCAGACAACUCUUACUGUUUCCAAAUUCCACUACUGGUGAUAGUGGAGUCCCAGCACUGCCUUCCUUGACAAUGCGUCGGAUGCGAGAGUCUGUUUCCCGGAUGCCUGUUAGUUCCCAGCACAGAUACUCCACGCCCCACGCCUUCACACUCAACAUCUCCAGUCCCUCCUCUGAAGGUUCCCUCUCCCAGAGGCAGAGGUCAACGUCCACACCUAAUGUCCACAUGGUCAGCACCACCCUGCCUGUGGACAGCAGGGUGAUUGAGGAUGCAAUUCGAAGUCACAGUGAAUCAGCUUCACCUUCAGCCUUGUCCAGCAGCCCCAACAAUCUGAGCCCAACGGGCUGGUCACAGCCUAAAACCCCUGUGCCAGCACAGAGAGAGCGGGCACCAGGAUCUGGGACCCAGGAGAAAAACAAAAUUAGACCUCGUGGACAGAGAGAUUCAAACUGUUACUGGGAAAUAGAAGCCAGUGAAGUGAUGCUCUCCACUCGGAUUGGGUCAGGCUUCUUUGGAACUGUGUAUAAGGGCAAAUGGCACGGAGAUGUUGCAGUGAAAAUCUUAAAGGUUGUUGACCCCACACCAGAGCACUUCCAGGCGUUCAGGAACAAGGUGGCUGUCCUGCGUAAAACACGGCACGUGAACGUCCUGCUCUUCAUGGGGUACAUAACGAAGGAUAACCUGGCAAUUGUGACCCAGUGGUGUGAGGGCAGCAGCCUCUACAAACACUUGCAUGUCCAGGAGACCAAGUUCCAGAUGUUCCAGUUGAUUGACAUCACCCGGCAGACAGCUCAGGGAAUGGACUAUUUGCAUGCAAAAAACAUCAUCCACAGAGAUAUGAAGUCCAACAAUAUAUUUCUCCACGAAGGCCUGACAGUGAAAAUUGGAGACUUUGGUUUGGCAACAGUCAAGUCGCGCUGGAGUGGUUCUCAGCAGGUUGAACAACCCACUGGCUCUGUCCUGUGGUUGGCCCCAGAGGUGAUCCGAAUGCAGGAUAAUAACCCAUUCAGCUUCCAGUCCGAUGUCUACUCCUAUGGCAUUGUACUGUAUGAGCUCAUGACAGGGGAACUGCCUUACUCCCACAUCAACACCUGAGAUCAGAUCCUCUUCAUGGUGGGCCGAGUGUAUGCCUCCCCAGACCUUAGUAAGCUAUACAAGAACUGCCCCAAAGCAGUGAAGAGGCUUGUGGCUGACUGCGUGAAGAAAGUUAAGGAGGAGAGGCCUCUUUUUCCCCAGAUCUUGUCUCCCAUUGAGUUGCUCCAACACUCUCUACCGAAAAUCAACCGGAGUGCUUCUGAGCCAUACCUGCAUCGGGUGCCCCACACCGAGGACAUCGAUGCCUGCACGUUGACCACGUCCCCUAGACUGCCUGUCUUCUAG